CGUCUCCUGCAUAGCUACAGGCGAGAAGAAGUUGCACUUAUAGCAUCGAGCAAACACCUCGAGAUCAAUGGCCGCGAUGAUCGCUUCACGGAGGGUGCUUCUCUCGAAGCUUCUGGAGAAGCUCACCUUCUCCCCUCUCCGCCCCGCCGCCGCUCCCUCCACCCGCUUCUUCAACACCGACGCCCAACUCCGCAAGUACGAGGACGACCACCCCGACGACGUCGACCCUCGCAGCGCCGGCUCCGCCGUCUCCCGCCGCUUCCCCACCAUCUUCGGAGGUAAUGUGUUUGAUCCGUUCAAUCCGACGCGGAGCCUGAGCCAGGUGCUGAACCUGAUGGACCAGAUGCUGGAGAACCCGGGGGCGGCGGCGGCGACGNGCCGCGGGGGGCUCGGGGGCCUGCGGCGCGGGUGGGACGCGAAGGAGGACGAGGAGGCGCUCUACUUGAGGGUGGACAUGCCGGGGCUGGGGAAGGAGCACGUGAAGGUGUGGGCGGAGCAGAACACGCUGGUCAUCAGGGGCGAGGGGGAGAAGGAGUCGGAGGACGACGGGGAGGGGGGCGCGCGCAGGUUCAGCAGCCGGAUCGACCUCCCCGCCGACUGCUUCAAGAUGGAUCAGAUCAAGGCCGAGAUGAAGAACGGCGUGCUCAGGGUCGUCGUGCCCAAGGCGAAGGAGGAGGAUCGCAAGGACGUGUUCCAUGUCAACGUUGAGUGAAUUUCGCAAUCCUCUUAAUUCGCGUCUCUUCGGAUCUUAUUCUGGUUUUUUUUUGCUCUGUUUCUGUAUGUUCUGGUCUCUCGAGAUGUAGUGUCUCUUCGGAUUUUACUCUGUUUUUUCGCUCUGUUUCUGUAUGUUCUGGUCUCUCGAAAUGUAGUAUAAUUUUGCUUCUUAUCGUGAACUAUGAACGAAGGAUGGUACGAGUUUUGCUAAUUUCAGGUUAUCGCCGAACAGUCCAAUGUAAGAUAAUUUGGUCGUGGAACCUGGAAAGCAAUCUUCGUUUUGUUGGAUUUUGCCAUUA